UACCGCUCCCGGAGCAGGGACACCGGGACCGCGCUUGGAGACCCUGGAAAGGGUCUAACCCCGCGUGCCGCAUGCUGCGCUCUCCUGGAGCGGGGACUCAGGGACCGCACCUGGAGAUCCCGGAAACGGUCGAGUGUCCCCAUGACGCCCUCCGGCUCGGUGGCAGCAGCGGCAGAGAAGCAGCCCCCUCUGGACCCUAUCCAGGACCAGGAGCUCAAGUCCUGGCGGGGCCUGGUGUUCUACCUCUGUUUCUACGGCUUCAUGGCGCAGAUACGGCCAGGGGAGAGUUUCAUCACACCCUACCUCCUGAGGGACAAGAACUUCACCAAUGAGCAGGUCACCAACGAGAUCAUUCCGGUGCUGUCUUACUCCUACCUGGUGGUGCUGCUGCCGGUCUUCCUGGUCACUGACUACCUGCGCUACAAGCCGGUGCUGGUGCUGCAGGGCCUGAGCUAUGUGUCCGUGUGGUUGCUGCUGCUCUUCGGCCACACGGUGCUGCACAUGCAGUUCAUGGAGUUCUUCUACAGUGUCACCAUGGCCGCCCGUAUCGCCUACUCCUCCUACAUCUUCUCCCUUGUGCGCCCGGCCCGCUUCCAGCGCAUGGCCAGCUACUCGCGGUCCGCCGUGCUCUUGGGAGUCUUCACCAGCUCUGUGCUGGGCCAGGUGCUCGUCUCCGCAGGCCACCUGUCCUUUACCACGCUCAACUACAUCUCCCUGGGCUUCCUCAUCUUCAGCCUACUGCUCACCCUCUUCCUGAAGCGCCCCAAUCGCAGCCUUUUCUUUAAUCGCGGCGUGCCCGCGCACCAUGCCACCGUGCCCUCCGAGCUAGACCACAUGGCUCCGGGCAGCCCCAGCAAGCCGGAAGGUGGCAAACUCGGGCUCACGCUACUGGCAGCCUGGCAGAACUCGGUACUCGCCCACAUGCUCUGUGAGCUGGGAGCCAGCCUGCGCCUGCCGCAGCUACGCCUCUGGUCCCUCUGGUGGGUCUUCAACUCAGCUGGCUACUACCUGAUCAUCUACUACACACACAUCCUGUGGAACGUUGUGAGCCCCGCCAGGGACAGCUCUGCAGUCUACAACGGAGGGGCAGAUGCUGCCUCAACUCUUCUGGGUGCUGUCACCUCCUUUGCUGCAGGCUUUGUGAAGAUCCGCUGGGCCCUGUGGUCCAAGCUGGUCAUCGCAGCUGUAACUCUCACCCAGGCUGGCCUCGUCUUCCUCAUGUACAGCACCAGCAACAUCUGGGUCUGCUACGUCACCUUUGUGCUCUUCCGAGGUGCCUACCAGUUCCUGGUGCCCAUUGCAACGUCUCAGAUUGCAUCUUCGCUGUCAAAAGAGCUCUGUGCCCUUGUCUUCGGGAUCAACACAUUCCUUGCCACAAUCCUCAAGACCACGAUCACUGUCAUAGUGUCAGAUAAGCGAGGCCUGGGGCUUCCGGUCCACUCGCAGUUUCUCAUCUACUUUGGGUACUUCCUGCUGCUGUCCGUGGUCUACUUCUCCGGGGCCAUGCUGGUAGGCCUGCGGCACUGCCGCCAGGCCCGCCACCAGCCGCUGCCCAUGGCCCAGGAGAUGACGAGCCCAGCAGAGGUGGCGACUGUGCAGGACAGGGGCCUCGACAGCCUGCAGACCACCACCCCGCCACUUCCACCAGAGGAGAAUGGUUGGGCCCCAGAGCCAGCUACCCGUGAGCAGAGCCCACUGCCUGAGGAGAAGGCCUGAGCCGUCUGCUGGACCCCUGAGAAGGAGGGCUGCAUGCCAGGACCCCUGACACAGCAGGACGAAGCCAGGCCUCGACAUCUUGGAUGGGCCAUGUCCCUGGCCAGCUAGCUGCCUGCUGGCAUCAGUGACACUAAUGCUCCGGCAUUGUCCAGACCCAGGGUUCAGAUUGCAGAGCCAGUGACUAAUGGAAACAGCAGGGGCAGCCUUCCCAUGAGACCCUUGGCCUGUCCCUGUGACUGCAGUGGAUAAGCUGUCAUAUCAGUUGAGAGCCCCUCACCCUACCCACCGUAAGCACGUAGCUCUGGCCAUGGCACAAAGAUCUGCUCAGGCUCCUCAGGACAGUUGCUUGGCCAUGCCACCCCAGGCUGCCCCUCGUUUGGCGCAAGGGUGGUGAGGGUCCCAGGGUUCACUAUGAGGCCUCUUGUCCUCACCCCACAGGCAAGUUCUGCCUGUCUCCAAGGGCAGGUGAAGGGCAUCAGAUGCACUUGUCCCAGGGUACACCGGCCCCUCACAGGAUCGCCUGGCACUAGGUCAGGAGUGGGAGCAGUGGCCAAGAGACCUGGUGUAAGCCCCCAGACCCUGGGCCCCAGCUAAGCUGUGAUAUUUCUAGUCGUCCCAGGUGCUUGGACUUCAAACCAUGCCAUUACUUUUUUAAACAACUGACAUAAAGUGGGUGAAACUUGC